AUGGUUUCUCUCAAGCAAUUCCUGGCUGGCUUGGCCUUCGUGCCGGUUGUGCUAUCCCACCCACCACCUGACCAGCAUUCAAAGAUAGCCCCAAAAGUCAUUAUCAUUUCAAUGUUCGGGCCUGAAGGCGAAGCAUGGUGGGGAAUUCCUGAAUUCGACGUCCUGGCACACAACAUCACUGUGCCUGGUCUCUCGCCGCUAUAUCCCCAUGUCCACUGUACAGCGGACAAAGUCAUCUGCCAGUUGAUUACGGGCGAGUCUGAGAUUAAUGCAGCUGUAACGAUUACCUCGCUAGCGUUUUCAGAGCUUUUCGACCUUCGGUCGACGUACUUUUUUGUUGCUGGAAUUGCUGGCGUGAAUCCGAUGCACGCAACAACCGGGUCGGCAACUUUUGCCCGAUAUGCAAUUCAGGUAGCCCUGCAGUACGAAAUAGAUGCACGCGAAAUGCCACAUAAUUUCACCACUGGAUAUGUCCCUCAAGGCUCCCUCGCCCCUGGACAAUAUCCUCAGAGCAUUUACGGGACGGAGGUUUUUGAGUUGAAUAAUGAGCUACGCACGCGUGCCGUCGGCUUUGCAAAGAACGCUCAGUUGGCUGACUCGGCGGCGGCGCAGACAUACCGCGCCAAUUAUCUGCAAAACAGCACCCAUGGUAUCUAUCAGAUGGGCGGCUCACCGCCGUCUGUAGUCGAGUGUGAUGUGGCUACUUCCGAUGUCUACUAUAGCGGCGAUCUCCUUAGCCAGGCUUUUGACAACACCACAACACUACUCACCAACGGCACGGGCCAGUACUGUACAACCGCCCAGGAGGACAAUGCUACACUGGAGGCUCUGCUGCGAGCCGCUGUUCAUGAUCGGGUUGACUUUUCACGUAUCGUCGUGAUGCGUACAGCUUCUGAUUUCGACAGGCCAUAUCCCGGAGAGGACGCGGCGUACCACUUGCUCUAUGCAGACCAAGCCGGCUUUGAAAUUUCAAUCGAGAAUAUCUAUCGAGCGGGUAUUCAUGUUGUGCAAGGAAUUGUUGGUGAAUGGAAAGAAACUUUCUCGCACGGGGUAAAGCCAAACAACUACAUCGGGGAUAUCCUUGGCACGUUAAGUGGUGGAAACCCCAACUUUGGACCUGGACGAAUUCUAGCACUAGAAGAGUCUGGGGCUCUUUUGACAAAGCGAUCACGAAGUGUGUUGAGCAAGCGAUGGUCAAACCGACUGUGA